AUGGCGGCCCCACAGCCGCGCGGGCACGACGAGGCGGCGGCGCGGCCGGAGCGGCGCCCGCGGCCCCACAGCGCCCCCUGGGCACCGGCGGCCGCUGCCGCCCCAGCGGCCGUGCCAAGGCCGUGCCGGGAUGGCGCCGGGAUCGCACCGACAGCGUUCCGGGACCCGCCCGCCCAAGGCCCCCACCCCUUGGCAGCCCCCGUGAUGCCCCGACACCGCCCCGCUGCCCCCGCCCCAGCGCCGUCCCCCAGUGCCGCGGCCCAGGAGGAUGGAUGCUCGCAGACGAGGGGACAGUUUUCAGGAGGAUUUCUUUAUUCGGCUGUACGAAGGCUAAAAAAGACUUUUUAG